UUGUGUUGUUCUCGUUGUGUUGCAGAAGUGAAUGGCAGCCCACGUCUGACUCCAGGGUCUCCUCAACCCCCCCGCCCAUCGGCAGGAUCAGCCUGCGCCUCACGAGCUGCAGGCUCAGAUUCUAGCCUCAGUCAGGAUGGAGUGCGUUACUUCAGCGUGGUCUGGUGCAAGGCCAGUAAGAAGAAACAUAAGCGCUGGGAGGGGGACGCAGUGCUGCUGACCAGAGGACGCUCAGUCACUCUUAAAGACAUGGAGGGGAAGGAUAUUGGAAAGGGUAGUGGCUACAAGGUGUCAGAGCUGGCCUCACUGUCUGAGGGAGAGACUCUGAUUAUUGGUGGAAAAGAGAUAGAGGUGAUGGGGAUCAUUUCUGCUGAAGACUUUGCCAAAGGACGUUGCUUUCAAGAGGUCCAGACUGAGCAAAUGGAGUCGCACACAAAGUCUGCGCCUCCUCUGGCUCGUCGUUUGGCCUCCAAACCCUUCUGCGCCCCUACAAUGUUUGGCAGAGAAGAACCGAAAACACAGGAGGAACAAACCUGCAGACCUCGCCAUGAUCCCCUGGCUCCCGGUGCACUGGUGAUGCCUCGCCCCUCUACCAAUCACCAGUGGCUUAAUAACAAGUCAGGUCUUCCUGUGGUUGAUGUUGUGAUUGACCCUCACCUGACCACACAUCUACGCCCCCACCAGAGAGAUGGCCUGCUUUUCCUCUACGAGUGUGUCAUGGGAAUGAGGGCUGUGGGUCGCUACGGUGCCAUCCUGGCUGAUGAGAUGGGGCUGGGGAAGACUCUCCAGAGUGUGGCACUGUCCUGGACGUUGCUGAAGCAAGGGCCGUAUGGUGCGAGAGCGGUUGCAAAGCGUAUCCUUGUGGUUACACCUGGCAGCCUUGUGCAGAACUGGAAAGCAGAGUUUAACAAGUGGCUGGGCCGCGAGAGGAUCAGCGUUUACACAGUAGAUCAGGAUCACAGGGUAGAGCUGUUUGUCUUAUCGCCGCUGAACAGCGUUCUUGUGAUAAGCUACGAAAUGCUGCUGCGUUGCCUGGAGCAGGUAAAGAAAGUGGAUUUUGGUCUCAUCAUUUGUGAUGAGGGUCACCGGUUAAAGAACAGCAGCAUCAAAACAUCCGCGGCUCUCAGCAGCCUCAGUUGUGCUCGCAGGGUCAUACUCACAGGGACUCCAGUGCAAAAUGAUCUUCAAGAGUUUUACGCAAUUAUUGAGUUUGUUAACCCGGGCAUUCUUGGAUCGUCCACUGCUUAUCGAAAGGUGUAUGAGGAACCGAUCCUCCGAUCCAGGCAGCCAUCCUGCACAGAGGACGAGAGGGCUUUGGGAGAGGAGCGAGCAAUAGAACUUUCCCGUCUCACAGGCAUGUUCAUCCUGAGGCGGACACAGGAGAUCAUCAACCACUACCUCCCUCCUCGUCUGGACUGGACCCUGUUCUGCGAGCUGUCCCCUCUUCAGGAAGAGCUGUACAAGCACCUCCUCUGCCACCGUGUUUUCAGGGCCUGCCUUCAGGGCUCCACUCAAACCCACACACAUCUGGCGUGCAUCACUGCACUGAAGAAGCUCUGUAACCACCCCGGUCUGCUCCACGCCACUCUCAAGGAGAGAACAGACCGCGGUUCUGUGGAGAGCACCCUGUACGAGGGCUUGGCAGAUCUAUUCCCAGACUCCUACUCUUCCGCGCCGUUCAGCGCUGCUGACUCCGGUAAACUGCUGGUCCUGUCAGACCUGCUGAGCGCCAUCAGACAAAUCAGCCCUUCAGACAGGGUGGUCGUCGUGUCAAACUACACCCAAACCCUGGACAUGCUCCAGGACAUGUGCGUACGCAUGGGCUACACCUUCUGCCGACUUGACGGCCACACCCCAACAGGCCAAAGACAGCGACUGGUUGAUAGUUUUAAUAGUCCCUAUUCCCAGCACUUCCUAUUUCUCUUGAGCUCUAAAGCAGGCGGAGUCGGACUUAACCUAAUCGGCGCGUCCCACCUGGUGCUGUACGACAUCGACUGGAACCCUGCCAAUGACAUUCAGGCCAUGGCUCGAGUAUGGAGAGAUGGACAGAAGAAAACAGUGCACAUCUACCGUCUUCUCACUGCAGGGACCAUCGAAGAGCGUAUAUUUCAGAGACAGGUGUCCAAACAGGGGCUGUCAGGGACUGUGGUGGAUUUGGGGAAGGCGGCCGAACACACAAGUUUCUCCACCAGUGAGCUGCGAGAUCUUUUCCGGCUGGUGAACACGCGUUCUUUAACCCAUGACCUGCUGAACUGUGGCUGCAGCAUGGACGGCAUAGUCGGCGAUGCCACAGAGGAAGAGCCCAUCUCUGACAGGCCGUGCCAGCUCGGUCGUCAAGGUGACCGUAAGGGGGUGGCACAGAAGCAUCUCAGCAUGUCCGAGCUCAUGCAGUGGAGACACUUCUCCGGUGACACACACACCCUCUCUGACGCCUACCUUGAUCAUGCACGACGCCACAUCACUUUCGCUUUCCAAACCACCAUCUCUCACACCAAUCUGUGAAGGUUCCACAAAGUUCCAACCACAACAGCCAGCAGAGUUGUAUUGAUUUAUUAGCAAUUUUGAUUACGUCUUUUUUUAUUCAAAAGUAACCUAAUGUCAAAAACGCAUUGAAAUAAACGGAAAGAUAAGUGUGUGCCAAAUAUCUUUUUGGGACUUCAUUGUUUCAUAUUGACAUGAAAUUCUUCCAGUGGAGUGAGGAGAUUUGUGAUAUUUUCAUGUGGAAAUGCUGCACUUUUUGUUAAGUGGGUAUGUUUUAAAUCUGUAAACCACAGAUAAGACCCUGCAGGUGGUCUGUUUCUGACCAACUAAAGUAUUAUUUAUUGUAUCUGUGAGGUGAAGUUAUGUUUUCAUGUUUACUGGGCUGGUAUGGAGAGAAUGUUUGCUCAGCCACCCAUUCAGAUGAAUCCGUUUACACUUGGAUUGCCACCCAGAGUGAAAGGCAGGCAGGGCCAGUGUGCUGUGAUUGAUCUGUUGUGCAUUCAUGUCACCUUUAUUAUUCAACGACCUUACGCAUCUAAAUCUCAGCACACUUGUAUGAGUCCACUGGGAUUUAGAUAUGGGCCACACAGCGAUCUGUUCAGUCUGUUAUUUUGGAUAACACUGGCCUGUUCAUGCCCCUCAACACAAAGCUGCUGCGUGGGAGUUACAGAAUGUAGCUGCUGGCAUUCGUGUCUGUGCACACGCACUCAGGAGACGUGUAUGAUUUAUGUUCUUCUCUGACACAAUACAGCAGAAAUCUUUUCACAAGCGGCGUAAUUGUUAUCUAUCAGAUGUGCGUGAUGUUAAGCAACUGUGUUGUAUAAUAAAUGGGUCUCUGGGACUUUAUGCCUUCAUGCAUAUGAUGGUUCAUGUUGCACUGUGGGGUCUGUCCAUGGUUUGUUGGAGCUUAAUUGGUGAUUAUGCAGUGACAUUCUGUUUACCACUGUAAAUUAAAAGUUUUUUUGUAAGACAGCCUAGCAUGAACACCACAUGUUACAUAAAGUCCAGGACAUGUCAAAGCUCUAACAUUAAUAUGCAUCCAGUUUUGCAUUUCAUACAUGUAAAUAUUUCAACAUUUAACCCCUUAAUGCUUUCAGCAUUCUACUGUAACAUUGCCUUUACACAAAGACCAAAAAGUAUUUUCUUCCCCUUUUUUUGUAUGGGUUCAUUUUUUAUGAAAAGGCAUCAAUGUUUUA